AUGGAGCUAUUACGGCAUUUAGUUUAAUGUUAAAUAACCGAGUAUCGCUGAAUAACAAUACUUAUUAUCCCACAAAGGAGACUUCUCCAUAUAGUUCAUGAAUGAGUAUAAGUGACACGGUGUCAUGGAUUGCAAUAUGAGUUGCUUAUCCUGUAUCAAUUAUUUCUUGUCACCCAACUGGUAAUCAACUUUAACAUAUUAUUUUCGGUAGUGUUUGAUGGCUUUGAGGUUAUAAUAUUCUAGAAGAUUUCAUUUUGUAAUUAUUGUAGUUUAGUUGUUCUGAUUUGUGCUUUUGCAGAUCUUUUCUGCAACUUUUCACUCUUGUAGUAGAGGGACAGCUGCAUCCCACAUAAUGUCAUCUGCUCGAGAUAUAAUCAGCCCUAGUGAGACAUCAACAGACCCACCUGACUCAGCUUGUCAUGAUACAGGAUAUCUUUCUAUGAAUGAUCUCAAAAACUGUUUGAACGAGUUUGUAAAUAUUGAGAACUUUGAGAUAGCAACUCGUGGCUUCACUCCAUCUCCUGAGGGGGAGGAUAUAGGCAAUGUGGAGAAGGAAGUUGAACAUAACCAAUCCCAUGGGAAGAAAUCAAACGGUCUAGCUUCAGAGAAACACUUUAGCAAGUGUGCCACAUUUCCGUCUCCUGCAUUCCCUGGCAAGCAUAAAAAAUUCAUUGCUGACGAAUUAUUGGAUGAGAAAGAGCAGCAGGGUUGUGAUAUAACCACUAAAGUCUCGACAUUGAAUGGUGAUGCCAAAUCUGCUAAUCAGUCAUAUUCACGUUGCAUAUCCUUGCCUACUCCUAUGAAGCUUGUAUCUGCCUUGAAAGGUAGCCGUGAAAAGCAGGGAAUACCACCCAAGAAGCUAUUAGUAACGUGGGCCCCUGAGGUGUAUGAUCCAGUUCCUUCAGCAGUGUCACACGUGGCAUCAAACAAGCAUCAUCGCCAUCGGAGUGAUAGCAGGAAGUACGGGAAGACCAAACAGAAGGGCAGUAGUAAAUCUUCACGAGGCAGCAAGGGAAAAGACAAGAAGCAAGCCAGGAAGAAUGUUGGAAGUGCUAGCAGUUCUUUCAAGUCAUUUACUGAUUGUUACAUAGUGCAUGGUUUUGAUGAGCCACUUACUGGUACUGAGAAUUUCGACGUUGGCAGCCCAGUUGCAUUCUGCGGAAGUAGUUUUCUUAAAAAACCGAUCACCAAGUUGCACUUUGCAGUCGCAGAGGCUACAUGAGCCCUCGUCUGAUCAUUUUCAUUUUACUGGUGACGUAAAAUGAAUAAAUUUGUGAGGUUUUGUUGUUGAUAGGACUACUGAAUUUUCUCUGAAAAUGUUGACCUGAUGGUGGAACUUCCAUGAAAGUUUGAUGAGUUCUUUUUAGUGGUGAUGUGCUUUCGUGUUGUAGUAUUGUGUCAUUUUCCUCGAGUUUGUUGUGACGUAAUGUGCUACCAUUUAUUUGAAAAUAAUGUCAUUCAUAA